CUAACCCCGCACGGCGACACGGCCCACUGCCAGCGCGGGGGAGUCCGUCGAAGUAUCUUCCCGUGUCGCCGCAUAUUUCCCCAAGCUUAGUGCCCGGUCGCAGGCAGAAUAAGGAGAUGCGGACAGUUUCUACUGGCAUAAGCGGAGGCUAGCCCAAGCGCCUCGAAUAACUCGCCGCAGGCAGGCAGGAAAAGAUGAUGCACCUCCCCGCUUCCACCGUCAGAGAUGGACGUGCCCGAGGAAGACAGUAAUAGUCUGGGCUGGGUCUUUAAAUGGGGGGGCGGUUUGUGUGCGGCUCCGGCGAGCGCUGUGUAAGACGACGAGGAGCAGCGCAGUAGACACGCCGUGAAUUGCUCACACUCCGCAAGCAAUUUACAAGACUUUGGGCCACUACACUGCGAACAACAUUAAUCAAAUAUUUUGAUGGACCACACGCUGCAACAUUAAUCUUUUGGAGGUCUUGUUUACUGUGUAAACAAGGUAAAGGGAAUCAGAAUGCCUCUCAGUGAUGACCAGAAUAGUGACUCAGAUUCUUCACGGCUCUCAGAAAGCACAGCUUCUUCCAGUGACUCAGAAUAUUCCAGGCAGAGCUUUAACAGUGAUUCUUCAAGCAAACCCAGCUCCCCAGCGUCAGCUAGCCCUCCCAAGGUUAUCACAUUUGAUGAACUGAUGGCAGCUACAAGAAAUCUGUCAAACUGGACUCUAGCUCAUGAAAUUGCUGUAAAUGCAAAUUUUUGCAUAAAACAUGACGACUACCCACAAAACAGCUUUGCAGGCACAGUGAAACAAAUUGUACACAAGGCAUUUUGGGAUCAUUUGGAAUCAGAACUGAAUGAAGAUCCUCCAGAAUACAAACAUGCUAUCAAGCUCUUUGAGGAAAUUAAGGAGAUUCUUCUUUCUUUCCUGACUCCUGGAGCAAACAGGAUUCACAAUCAAAUUUGUGAAGUUCUCGAUACGGAUCUUAUAAGACAGCAGGCAGAACACAAUGCUAUUGAUAUUCCUGGGCUAGCUAACUAUGUCAUCAACACUAUGGGAAAGUUAUGUGCUCCAAUAAGAGACAACGACAUAAAACAGUUAAAAGCAACUGACAAUAUUGUAGAGUUACUGAGACAAAUAUUCCAUGUUUUGGACCUGAUGAAAGUGGAUAUGGCAAAUUACACAAUUAAAAGCCUUAGACCAUACCUGUGGCACAACUUGGUGGACUAUGAAAGAACAAAAUUCCAGGAAAUUCUUGAAGAAACACCAAGUGCCCUGAAUCUCACAACAGAAUGGAUAAAGGAAUCAAUAGAAGAUGAAUUGUCCUCUAUUUCUGAUGAGUCUUCAUCAUGCCCUGGUGCUGAUAGGAGUUCAAAACCAAUUAUUAGUCCUACACUGGUGCUAAACAAUGGCUACUUGAAACUGUUACAGUGGGAUUAUUGCAAAACAAUUCCAGAGACUCUAAUAACAGAUGAAGUUCGUCUUCAGGAGUUGAGAGAAAAGCUCAAUCAGUUAAAAGUCAUAGCUUGUGUUUCUCUCAUAACAAACAACAUGGUGGGUGCAGCAAUUGUAGAUGUGCCUGAUUUCGCUGACCAGCUGAAAAGGAUCUCCCUUCCUCUACUUGAAGGCAUGAAUAAGAAAAAUUUUGACUUGAAGGAGGCUCUGAAUGCUAUUGGUGUCCAGAUUUGCAGCAUAGUGAACAAGUCUCUAAGUGAAAGAGGUCUUCCCAUUCUUAGUGAAGAAAUGCAGAAUAAUUUAAUGGGUCAAAUCGCUCAUAUUGUUGAGAAGAAUAAUCCUGUGUGUUCCUUGAUUGACAAACGAAUCCAGCUCUUCAUGAGAAGCUUGCUUGCUCUUCCGAGUUUUCAGAAGUGUACACCUACUAUGCCAGGAGGCCUUUCUGUGAUUCAGACAGAGAUAGAGUUUCUGGGAUCUCAGUAUGCAAGCAUUGUAAACUUCAAUAAAAAAGUAUAUGGACCAUUCUAUGCAAACAUACUUAGAAAACUGCUUUUUCCUGAGGCAGCAAUGGAGAAAACAGAAGCAGAAACAUCUAGCAAUUAAAAAAUGUACCCUUUUUUAAUCUUCCAAGACAGCGGGGAAGUCACAACUCUAAGAGCAGCCUACUACAGUUACUGUUGAUGGGGAAAGGUCUUGUAAAAUGUAUAAAGAUAGUUUCUGAAAUUCACUGUAAAGAAAUUAAUGUCGGGGUCAUAUAUAUAUUUUAAUAGAAAAAUAUUUGUUUAAUGGAUUGUCACUUGUAAUAGCCAGAGAAUUAUUAAUUUCCAUAGCAAGCAUUUAUUAUGACUUGCAGUGGGAAAGAGUUGGCAAGAUACUUACUCUUUUGCCACCAUCAAAACAAUGUUAUUUUUCAACUCAAAUAUAUUUACGUGUAGCAAUGCAUAUAAGGAAAUGAGAAAACAACUGUAGAUAAAAUGUACUAUGCUUACAUUGUAUUUUUGUAGAGUAACACCUCAGACAACAAUUAUGUUUCUGAGAAUACUUUGAAGAAGAAAGUAUUGCAUAACUGCUUUAGUAACUAAACCAGGCCAAGUUCAGGUACUCCUGCAAUUACUGGACCCAGAAGUUUGCCUCUGUUACGUUAAGGAAUGCCAGUGUUACAAGCUGUUUGCAGGAUAGCACUUACAGAAGCAGUGUUCCUGACUUCAAGUAUGAAUCAUUCAGAACUUCUCAACUCUAAGUGAGAUUAAGGAUAAACACCUGAGAAACGUGGUGUUGGGGGUGGAGUAAAUUUCUGUAUAUAAUUAAUUUGUUUAAAAGCAUUUUGUUUAUUCAUUGGAGGUCAUACAGAGUUUUAAUAUGUAUAUGUAUUGAUCUUUGAUCAUAAUUGGUGGGUAUAAAGUAUUUUUAAGUUAGGUCUUUCUAACCUUUAUUCCCUUAAAAGCACUUAACCCUGACCUCACAGUGUACCACAGAAGAACUGCCUCUUUCAUGCCCUUAUCCAACAGAAUAUAAAUUUUUCACAAGAUAUUCUUAGAUCUGAAAGCAAGAACCUGAGUAAUUAGCAGUUUUUGAAAAUAUUAUCAUACUCACUUUUUUUACGGGGUGUGUGAGAAAUGCUCUUGUUUUCCUCAAAUUUCUUUGAACUGGGCCCCAAUAUUUGGUUCCCAUUUAAGGCAUUGGGAAUCUUGCAUACAGAAAAUUAAUAGAAUUGAAAAAGAGAAAUGUGGAAGUGAACUACUUUAAGUUUACUCAGGCUUUAUCUUGCAUAUUUCAGAUUACUGAGAUUAGAUAGUGCUGGAGUACAUAUUAAAGACAUGUUCUUGUCUAUGAAAUUGAAUAAUUUACUUGAAAAUGAUAUUUUAAUAUAUUACCAUAUAAUACUCGAUGUCAUAUAUAGAAAACCUUGGUGUGGUACAAGAUAGAACUUGCUUUUAAUAUUUUAUAUUACAGCCUAUUUUUUAUGAAGAGACAAAAAUAACCUGUAAAAGCAUAAUGCGUCACACAAAUUGGUUACGUACAUUACUGUGUCUAUCAUAAAGGUCUAAAAAACCUGGGCAUUAUUAGCACUGUGGUUUUGUAGUACAUUUCUACAGGAAUGUGUACCCUUUAUAGCAAAGGAAAUUACUUCUAUUCAGUUGUUCUUCUGUGUUCAAGGACUUUGGUCACAUGUAAAUGUUAAGGAAAACUUUCUUCAAAAUGCCUUUUUAGAGAAAUUUCUCUAGUGCACUUCUCUUCUAUCCCCUGUGAAAACAUUGCACAAAAUAAAGAUGAAUACAUGUUUUAAAGGGAACUGUUUCCUGGGAAACCUAGGAGAAAGGAACUCUUAGACCAUCAUAACUGUGCCACUAGGUAAGCCAGGCUUGUUCAGAUGAAUAUGAAAUUUUGGUAGGCAAUUCAAAAUAAUGAAGAGAAGGAUGCAUUUCAAAAACAGCUAGAGGGAAUGAAUCUUAGUGAUUUUUUUACAAUUUUAGAAAUACCUACAUGAUUUUGAGCUUCAGCCAAAAAAGGAUUUUAUGAACAUUUGAAGGUGAUAAUGUGAUUAUGAGCUUUUAAUUGUAAUAUUUUAUGUCUUUUCUAUUGUGCAAAUAAUUAUCAAACUUCAGCUCUUUAAUGAGCUGGAAAAACUGUCCUACUAGUUUUUACCAGUAAAUACUUAAAGCAUCAAAGCAUAGCAUUUGGGGGGAGGGGGGGUGGGGGGGAUAGGGGGUUGGUGAUUAAGGUGACUUGCAAAGGGCAUUUUAUAGCAUGGCCUGUGUUUCAAGUGAUUGCUUAAUGUGUUUUAAUUUAGUGUUUCAAACAAGGACAUUACAAUCUGUUUAAUGUCAUGUGUUGCAUGCUGUUUAUGCUACUGUGGCUGAAAUGCACUUGACUCUAUUCAAAAGUUGUCCUUGUGAAAAAAGAUGCCAUUCUGUAGCAGCUUUGUUAUAAACCAAGUCUUUGAGGGUUUGUAUGCAUUAAAUUUUGUUUGUGAUACCAGCGGUGGUGAAAAAUAAUUUACACAAAUGUUAUUAAAUGCAACAGAUUCUUAAAUGCCAACGAUAAAUAACUCCACUAAUA